GGAAAUUAGUUGGUAUUGAUUGAACUGAAAAGCCUUUUACUUUUUAUCAUUCGUCGCCAUGCUCCAGCGAUCGUUAUGUGUCCCUCGUAUGGCACUGCUUCCGGCCGCAUAGAGCUAGAUUCACGAAAUUCUAUCCUUUUGAAAAACGUAUUGUAUCAUUUUAUGUUUGGCUCAUGGCUUCCACCUAGAUCCUUUCAUUUUUUUUUGUUUUUCAUUUGUUCCAGGGGAAAACGCUGACAGCUACAAAAGGAUUUUCGAAAGGGAAAAGCUCAUUUAUCUCCAGCUAUGAAUUGCGUGUGAAUUUCAAAAGAAUUGUCAACUUGUGCUAUCAAGGGUUCUCUUGUUAUCCACUUGUGGCACUAGGAAGACCCUUGAAAAUGUUUAAAUUGAAAUAUGCAUAUCUUCUGAAACGCUGGGUGAGUAUUUUAAAUUGCUGAUAUGCAAGUUGUGCUGUAGGGGAGGGUGGCUGGUGAUCUGUUUUUUAAGUGAUGUAAAAAUGUAACUGCGGUGUCUGUUCCAUGUUUUGUCGCUGCGUGGAUGAUAUUUUUGGAAAGGGGAGCUACCAGAUCCCGAGAAUAAUGGAACGUGGACACACAUUGGAAAUGGACGAGAGGAUGUUUCAUUUCCCCUCGUCUCUCUUGUCUCGUUUCUUUUUUUCUCUCUGUCUCUCUUUUUCUUUUUUGUAUUCACCGCAUUUGCGCCGCCAUCAGCUGUCUGCUUCCGGUUUCGGCAGUUGCCCGAUGCCGGGACCAGACAACUGCAAAUGGUUCCAUGACGUCACUUGAUGAUGUCGUAUGAUUCCUCUCUUUAUUCCCAUUCUUAGCGUGUUGUGUUAGCAGCAACAGAACGAACGAAUGGAGAGAGGAGGCUGGAACGGUGGGCGGAGAAUGAAGGGGACAGGUGGGUAGGGGAUGUUCGUGGAUACGUAGGAUGUGCAGUCCGACGAGGGGAUGUGCAAGUGACCAUAAAGUCGACGUGUUGGACCGCGCUCACAGUCACUACCAACUCCCGUGUGUCUCGCAGGCUCAUUCCAAUUCUCACGACAGUCGGCAAAGAUCCUCGAGAGCCAUAAUCCACCUGUGGUUGAACGCAGUUGAGGCCAUUUUUUUGAACGCCGAAAUCAUCAGCAGGAAUUCAGUAUCUCGUUGCUCUUUUGGCGCUUGGUAUUUUUUUGUUUUUCGCUGCUCAUCACUCGCUAAAUCAUUGAAGCGCGGGUGCCAUGCGAGUGACGUUGACGGGCGACAACUAGUCCCAACAGGCUUUUAAUCACAAGAUGCGAUCAUUCACCACAGUUCAUAAAUCUAUUCAUUACGUCAUGGUGCAGGCCAUUUCUCUACUCACUCUCUUGCGUAUGCUGACUGAAGCUCAAACGUCUUGCAACUCUGGAUUGGGAAGAAUAGUCUACGAGAAAUUGCCCCACCAGCAGCUCCAAGGCUACGACGAUGACGUGGUACGAGAUUCAUCUCCUCCUAUGCAAGUUCUGACUAGAUGUCAAGACUUGUGCCUCCGGGAUCGAACGGCAGCCAACAAUCUGGUACGAACUUGCAGCUCCUUUGAUUUUCAACCAGGCAAACGACUGUCACUUCCGAGUUCCUUGUCGUCUUCUUUCAAUUCACCGUCAACGCCCUCAUCUACGUCUGGUUCUAUUGAUUACGAUGAAUCUGUCUGUUUCCUGUCUCGGGAGCUACCCCGACCAGAAGGACUCGGUACACUCGUCAAUUUACCCGGCCAUUUCUUGUACAGCGAGGUCUGCCUAAGUUCGGCAAGAAUUGAACGUGAGUGCCCAACUCGGAAAUCGGUUUUUGAUCGGAUCACUCGCAAAAGAUUUCGACCGUCCGGUUCCAAAGAGUACUUUGUCAACAAUCGUACCGAAUGCGAGGAUAAAUGCCUGAAUGAAUACAGCUUCGUAUGUCGUUCAAUUUCGUACGACAGCACGUCCAGAACAUGUUCGUUAAGUCGAUUCACACGCCGUACUCAUCCGGAACAGUAUGAAGACGAUCCUGGAUUUGAAUAUUUGGAAAAUACGUGCCUAUCAGAAAACCGUCGCUGUGAAGGGCAAGUUACUUUUGUGCGUGAAGAACGUGGCCAAAUGUUGAGCUCCUUUGACGCUGAAGUUAUGCUAAACACGACGCUAGAAGAAUGCCAAGCACGCUGUUUAUCGGCAGACACAUACUUUUGUCGAUCGUUGACAUUCGACCCGAUGUCCAAAGCAUGCGCCCUCUCCAGCGAAGAUACGGUCUCCUUGACCGACCAGGAAGUUGCCACCAUGACCGGAACUGGUUAUUACUACUUUGAGAUCUUGUGCAUGGGCCUCAGUGCUAAUGAAGUGAAUCCGCUGUCACAGCGGGGUGAAGGCGAAGCAUCACCGCUGCUGGUGGACGGUCGCCGACGAGAUAUUCUAACUGCCUUUCAACGAUACCGUAAUUCGCGUCUGUCGGCUGAUUUCCAAACUGAAAUUACAGACCGAUCGUUAGCUGAAUGUCUAGAUGAAUGCCUUCGUCAGACGAGUUACCGAUGCCGAUCUACUAUGUACAGCGAGCGCUAUAGGGUUUGCCGUCUAAGUCGUUCCGACCAGAAGGAUGGCCGACUCAUUUACGAACCUGAUUACGAUUACUACGAAAGCCUGUCAGGCGGCGUCGUUGGUGGUGGCGGGCUCGGUCCAAGCUUGAUGGAUGACUAUAACCCGUCGCUUGUGACGCCCUACCGUCCUCCGUUUGUCAUGCCCGGCGUUGGCCAGCAAGUUGUGAACGACACAGUGUUUGCGAGUUCGUCGAUCUUCUUGAACCGGCCGGAAGAAGUCAGCCAUAUUACUGGUUCAUCAGUUGGGGGCAAUGCUGCUAAUACUGCCGUUCCUGCCGAAGGUUGGCCACCAGGAAUCGUUCCAGAAAUACUAACAGAUGAUCAGUUCUAUGCCGGGCCCUGGCCGGCCGGAGGCGGUGUAAGCCCAGGAAUAUCAGCAGGAUCUUCGCCCGGUUUAGGAACUCUUGCCGGUGGAACUCAGCUGGGAAAUCGUCCACGAUGUGAACCCGGCCGGGAAAACGAUGGAUUUCGCCAGGCUGCGACUCGUAUGCGCCUCCGCCGGAUUUAUGUUAAACGCUACUUGGUGGCACCGUCUUUAGCCCAGUGUGAGCGCGAGUGUCAAACCGCGCGGGAUUUCCGUUGCAUCUCUUUCAAUUUCUAUCGUUUACCAUUUUACUCGAACGCGAUCGGAGGCGAACGAGAAAACUGCGAACUCAGUGACCGCUCCACUCGUGAACUGGACACAAGUAAUCCAUCUUUCUUUGAAACCAACGGCGAUUAUGAUUUUUACGAAAAAUCGCAGACAUCCGAUUGUCUUGACGUGAGCCAAGUGUGCAAUGAAGAUGGGAUGGAGUUUACACUGCGUACUCCUGAACCGUUUACCGGAAGGAUCUAUACGUACGGCUAUUAUGAUCGAUGUUUCUUUCGUGGCACCGGAGGCCUUACCAAUGUUUUGCGCAUCACGGGUCCGAGAGGGUUUCCCGACUGCGGAUCGCAGAGGACUGGAGAUAUACUGACCAACAUUAUAGUGGUCCAAUUUAGUGAGAUGGUCCAAACCGCUAGAGAUAAACGCUAUAACUUAACUUGCUUGUAUGGUGGACCAGGAGAAGCUGUCGUUACUUCUGGCUAUAUCGGUGCUGGAUCUGGUAGUCCUACUCCAAUAGAGUUUCUUCCGGCUCAGAACAUACUGGAUUCCCGCGUUCGAUUGCUUAUCAUGUAUCAAGGGCGACCUACGACCACCAUAGCUGUUGGUGAUCCUCUUACUUUCAAGCUGGAAUCCCUGCAGGGCUAUAACCUGAUUGCCGAUAUAUUUGCUACAAACGUGAUUGCAAAAGAUCCUUACACAGGCAAGAGUGUCCAGCUAAUCGAUCGAUUUGGAUGUCCAGUUGACGAUGGAAUUUUUCCGUCAUUAGAUCGCGCAAGAAGCGGCGAAGGUUUAGAGGCCAGCUUUAACGCUUUCAAAAUACCAGAAUCAAACUUUUUAGUGUUUGAAGCCACUGUGAAAUCAUGCAGAGGUGGUUGUCAGCCAGUUUUCUGUAAUACGAAUAAUGUGCCCGGACGCGGUUCCGGUCAGUCCUAUGGUCGCAAACGACGUGAUACUACGGCCACAUUUGCUCUCAACAAACCAGCUUGGUUAAGUUUGUCCAGCAGCAGUAGCAGUAGUAGCAGCAGCAGUAGUAGUAGUACCAUGAAAUCCAUAGAUGAGACAAACGAGGAGGAGCUUGUGAUGGAAAUGCUUCGAGUCUAUGCUAAUCGCGAUGAGAUUCCUGAAACUACCGUCAGUCUUCAAAAGCUAGACAUUUGUCUAUCUCGUGUUGAAUAUUAUAGCCUGAUCACGUCUUUAGGCAUCAUAUUGCUCAUCUUAAUCGCAUCCUCUUUCUUGGCCGGCCUCUGUUUCAGACGGUAUCGUUUGCUGCAUUUUAAAAACGCUGGAGCGGAUGCAACGGCACCGCACUCAAUGCUGAGUCAUAACACCUACGGCCAACAGCGACAGCGCAAUUUGUUCCAUCACACUCCUUCGGCUCGAAAUUUUGCUUUCAUUAAUCGCGCCUUCGAUUUGCGCACGCCGCCGGAAUCUAGCGUUGGUGACAGGCAAACUGAACUAGACUUUGGUGAAGGAGAGACAGCGGAUGUAACAUCGACCAGAAAAGCACAGCAAAAGACAUCGCGUGUGUUUCAAGACCCUAGUGAACCAAUCUACACUGAACCGUCAUUGUUUGAGCGGUCGCGGAGUCUCCGUAGCAUGGCAGCUUCUGAUCUCCGCCGCGUAGUGCAUCGAACAACUGCCGAUCAACCGGCCAUUAAAGAAAUGCCCGACACCGAGAGUGCCGCCUUAUAACACUAUCUGAUCACCUGCUAUUCCACCGUCCAACUUAAAGAUUAAUCUUAAAACUUUGCUAUAAUCACCUAAAUAAUCCAAGCAUACGACCACAAAGAGGGAAUCGUUAUAUUUACGUAGCUUGGUAGCUUUCCUGUUUUUAUGAUUUCUGAAAUGUUUAAACUAAACUCCACCCACGCACCUUGGUAGUAGGAUAAUGAACACGAGCAGCUUCUACGAACAUAGCCCGUUGACUAAUUAAUCGUAGUGUUCAAUCGAUUUUAGCUCUGACUAUUACUUUAUCAGUUUCCCCAAUUAGUGAAGGUAACCAAGCUGGAAACAAAAAAGGAAAUCAAACGUUUGUGUUUAAGAUUCGAAAUUACAUCGUCUGCUAUUAUUGCAUGGAUUUGGACAACAUUUUGAGUAAAAUGUGUGAUCAUACGGCACUACUGCCAGAACUUGACACCUUAAAACUGCUGAUUAUUUUUAUCUCAACAUUCUUUUUCCAAUCUACAUGUUGAUACCCGGUAUCUAAAGAUAUAUUUCACGUCAUAUAAUUAGAAUAGUUUCAUGCAACAUCAACUCGAGUUUACGUCAUCACUGAACCUAUGAUCGUGAACGAUAAUACAAUAACGUCACAUUCAA